AUCAUAGAUAUGUGAGAUCGUUCGAUUUGAUGUUUUUUCAAAAAGUAAAUAGCUCUAUAAGUUCUCGGACGACCUCGAAAACAUUAGAUUGGAAUAGAGCAGUUUCUGAUGCGGAAAAGAUCGUCGGUUAUCCCACGUCCUACUUCAGUCUUAGAUGCCUUCUUAGCGACGAAAUAUCAAAUAUUGCUCUACAUCUGAGGAAAUUAGUUGGUUCUAACCAUCCUCUUCUCAAGACAGCCAAGCGUUUAAUAUAUAAUGGAAGAAAUAAUAUGCAGACAAGAGGUUUGAUAGUAUUGUUAAUUUCAAAAGCAGCCGGACAUCUCCCUACGUCUUCAGAUCUGCUGGAAGCAGAUAGAAGUGCAGGAAUUUCUCAGAGACAGCGGUCAUUAGCCGAAAUAACUGAAAUGAUCCAUACGGCUCAUCUAAUUCACAAAUGCAUAUUAAAUCUUUCGCAGACAACAAUUCCAGAUUGUAAUAUUUUACAUGAUUUACAGUUUGGUAACAAAAUAUCUGUCUUAAGCGGCGAUUACCUUCUUGCAAAUGCUUGUAAAGAACUAGCAGAACUCCGAAAUUGUAAAGUUGUUGAUCUGAUCUCAAAAUCAAUUGCAGAUUUUAUGCAAGCUGAAUUUUUGGGGAAUCACGAUAAGCAAGGGAAUCCAUUACCUACAGAAGGAAUGGGUAUUUCGGAAUGGGAAGAACGCAAUUUCCUAUGGGUUGGAAGUUUAAUGGCUAAUAGUUGUCAAGCAACAUUAGAAUUAGCAGGACAUGAUGAAAAAAUGCAACAAAAUGGAUAUGAUUUUGGAAAAAAUCUUGGUCUCGCAUGGCAGGUUCAUUCAGAUCUACAACCUUUUACAGACUCCUAUCGUUAUCCUCCCGGAGCACCAUUUGAUUUGACAUCACUUCCUGCGAUUUUCCACUUAGAACACGACAAAGAAACACUAAGGUAUAUAACAAACUGCGGAGAUUCAGUAGAUAAUUUGGAUUUUAAAUCUUUGCAUUCAAUAUUCUCUCAAAGCGAAGGCGUCGAAAAAGCGAAAACAUUUUUGGAUUCUUAUGCCCAGAGAGCCGAAGACGUUUUAAAAGAAUUUGGUCCUUCAGAUGCAACUAAAGCUUUGUAUAACAUUAUACAAGCAUUAAGAGAAUAAUUAUUUUGAAAAAGAUAUAUACAAUUUAGACAUAAACGUGAAGAUAUUUAAAAAAGAAAAUAUAUUUUUCCACUUUUACCAUAACAUUGAAAGUUUUUAAAUAGAUAUUUCCUAUAUAAAAUAACAUUAUAAUUAAGAUUUUUAUAUGAGAUGUUUUGGACAUCAUGCAAGAAAGAGAAAACU